CUGCCUCUGCAGCCUUUCUCGCCACUGCUCAAUCACAUUCGUGUCGACUGCCCAGAGUCCACGAACAUAACCUUUCCAGAUCUCUACAACACAAGGAUAUAGGAUACACCACUAUUUAGAAAACAAGAGAAAGGGUCUCCUUGUUGAAACAUGUCCCUCUACAGUUUUGGAUUGGAGCCUCUGUCCUGUCAUGCAUGGAACAAAGACCGGACACAAAUUGCUGUUAGCCCCAACAACAAUGUUGUGCAUAUUUACCAAAGUCAAGGAAGAGAGUGGAUUAAGAUUCAUGAACUGACAGAACACAGUGGGCGAAUUACAGGGAUUGAUUGGGCGCCAGAGUCCAACCGUAUUGUGACGUGUGCCUCAGAUAGGAAUGCCUAUGUAUGGACGCUUAAGGACGGAGUUUGGAAGCCAACGUUGGUGCUGGUGCGCAUCAACAGAGCUGCCACAUGUGUCAAGUGGUCACCUCUUGAGAACAAGUUUGCUCUUGGAAGUGGGGCCAAACUUAUUUCAGUGUGCUACUUUGAAAAAGAAAAUGACUGGUGGCUGAGCAAGCAUAUAAAAAAACCCAUUAACUCGACAGUUCUCAGUCUAGACUGGCAUCCCAACAACAUGCUGCUGGCAGCCGGCUCUGCCGAUCUCCACUGCAGAAUAUUUUCUGCAUAUAUUAAGGAUAUUGAGGACAGACCCGGACCCACACCCUGGGGAUCCAAAAUGCCCUUUGGAGAAGUGCUGAUGGAGCAUAAAGAAUGUGGUGGCUGGGUGCACAGUGUCAGUUUCUCUCCAUCCGGUGACACUCUAGCCUGGGUUAGCCACAACAGCGCCAUCGGUGUAGCGGAUGCCACUCAGGGAAAGGAGGUUACUCAGUUGACAACAGGACAUCUUCCUUUGCUGAGUGUGCUGUAUGUCAGUGAGACUGUGAUUGUUGCUGCGGGCCACGACUGUUGCCCUUAUCAGUUCUCAUACAAGGGUCUUGGAUGCUUGGAGUUUGUGAAGAAGGUAGACAUUCCCAAGCAGACUUCCAAAGGCAACAUGUCUGCUAUGCAGCAUUUCCGUAAUCUGGACAAAAAAGCUACUACUGAGGAGGAAGACACUGGGCCGGGCAGUCUACACCAGAACAGUAUCACCCAGCUAUGCAGUCUGGAAGGAGGUAAGGAGAAAGUGGAAAAAUUCAGCAGCGUUUCCUUAGAUGGGGCCAUGGUUGUCUGGGAUUUCAAGCACUGAAACACCAAACAAUUUGAGGAUAGUGGAAAACAACUCCAACGUCUUCUUUGCUAUUUUACUGAUAAUCUGUGGCAACAUUUGUUGUGACACUUUUUUAGCCCUUUUUACAAGCAUGAGGUGAUUUUGUGUUGGGAUGGCUGCUUUUUAUACUGUAAUAGGCCUAUGCAAUAUCUUUGUCACACAGUAUUAACUGUGGCGUGAGACAUAUUUUAGAUUUUUAAACAAAAAUAAAUGUUAUUUUGGCAGUAUAAAGUGCAAUACGUUUGUGUGAGUGAUCACCUGUAUUCUGUCUAUUCUAAAUGUGCUGAUAUUGUAAAUUAAAUUAAAUAAUAAGAAGAAUGAAAUAUUAAUAACAAAAAUGUGGAAUCUAUGUUUUUGACGUUUAAUGAAAAUCGUCAAUAAAAGGCGGUGCAUUAUGCUCUACAGUGA